UCUUUUUAACACUGUAGCUUUCAAGUAGAUACAAAUAUAUAAACAUUUAAAAAAGAGAAAAACAUGCUACAGUGAGUAAUCUAACAAUGACUUAAUGUAUUUCCAAAAUCUAUUUGAGAAGACCUAAAAUAUAAUACACAAACAUAGUCAGGUCAUUAAAUAAAAGUAGAAGACCAAAAGCUCUAAGGAAAGGAGAAGAAAAAGACCUGUGAUUAUCUAGCAAGAAGCUAGAGUAAAAUUUAUAAAGAGUAAAAUUUUAUUCUAAAAAAAAGGUAAAAGCGUGGUGGAAUAUGAACUUUUUAUUAAUUUUUUAUUUAAAACAAGUACAACAUAUUAUCAAAAUGAAAGAGAUGUCGGCCCUUUAGGAGGGAAGUUCGGUAAAGAGUGGACAGUUUACAACAGCCACUUGUGAGAAUGGGAGAAACGGGUGUUAAGUGCUGUCACUGCACCAGCAUUAUGGUCUCCUAACAUUGCAUGCCAUGCCCAGUUGGGGAACCUCAACAAGUGUAGUUAGGCAGAUCACAUUCAGUGAUCUAAAAUGACAAUUAGAAGAUGGAUUUCUGUUAUGCCUCCUGCCAUUUCUCUAGCCAUUUUGCCUUGGAGGGCCGGACAGGAGUUCCAAGCUGGACUUUGGCAUGAGCUGGAUACAAGUCAGUUUGAGGCUGAAGUUGGGAUUCCAAUAUGUUGUUCUGUUGAUUGGGGAAAAAAAAAGCCAUUUGUUUUGGACAACACAAGUGAAGCACUUCCAUAUACUGACUGCAUUUAUUAGGUGUCAGCCAAUGCUCCCUUGGAUUGUCUUAACAGAGUAGUGAAGACAAGAUGAUAGACUAUGUAAUAGAUAGGCAGUUAAAGAUAGAGUGUGUGAAAGAUAGGUUUCCUGGGAUGAUGGUUUAGAGAAUCCCAGGCACAAAAGAGCAAAGCAGAAUACAAAUGGAAGGCAGAGGAACAACUCUCCCUCCUUUAUUGCUGGGGAGGUAACUGCCCCUUCAAAAUGCUGGAGUUUCUAUUAGGAUAAGCAAGGUUUGGUCCUAGGAGAUUAAAGGGUCAUAUUGGACCACACAAUCAGAUCAUACAGAUUGCUAAUAAAAAUAAUGAUGAUAAUAAGAACAUCUUGCAUUUUCAUAACACUUUUAACCAAAUUUAUUUUUCAUAUUUUGUUUCAUUUUGACUUCAUGUUAGUACUGGCAGUGAUGUUUAAUGGACUUACACUCAUAUAAUGGUUUUUGUAUAAAUAAAGCACCAAAAAAAUUAAGUUAUUUGAUUUACUCAGCCACAGAAUUUUCUUUGAGCAAAAUGCAUGAGGAAAAUAACUGAGGUCUCUUGAGAAUCCCAGCCCAUCAUUCUGUUGCCACUAGAAUUUGAAGAAGUCAGGGAGAUGUGAUUAGUCUAAAGUUUUUAAUACAGGCUGAAUCACUGUGGAACUAUUAUGAGAAAGUCUUCGGUGCUGGAACAAAACUUGUUGUCAUAGAUAAAAAGCUGGAUGGAGACUUUUCUCCCAAGCCCACUAUUUUUCUCCCUUCCAUUGCUGAAACAAAACUGCAUAAGGCUGGGACAUAUCUUUGUCUGCUUGAGAAAUUCUUCCCUGAUGUCAUCAAGGUGUACUGGAAAGAGAAGAAUGGUGAUACGAUUCUGGAAUCCCAGGAAGGAAACACCAUGAAGAUUAACGGCACAUAUAUGAAAUUUAGCUGGCUAACUGUGCCUCAGAAGUCAUUCGAUAAAGAACACAGAUGCAUUGUCGAACACGAAAAUACAAGAGAAAGUAAACAAGAGAUUCUUUUUCCUGCAAUAA